CACAAGAACCAUACAGUUACUCUGGAGAUCUGGAGUUACAAAACACUAACAUCUGUGGGAUUUUAUACUUCUGAAACAUCAGAACAAAGAGUGCAGAUUUUUACUCAUUACUAUUUUUUUUGGCAGCUACUUUUUGUGAUUCUUGUCAUUUGUGUAACUGAGCCUGCAUUUAAAGUAACUACUACAGAACAGCUUUCCCUGGUAUUCCCUCUAACCAAAGAAAACAGCGUGCUUUAACUGUGCUGGUCUUGCUGGAAUGAAUAUAUCUGAGUCUAGUUGUUGUCAAGAGGCCAGUUCUCAGCCCAGCCAGGUUGCGGAGCGUGGAACAUGGGGUGCCAGCACCCUGGGCCCUGAUAGGGGACAUGGUUUCGACCACAGCCGGACCACAGAGCUGGUGCCAGUGCCCGGAUCUGGAACAAGGACAGGGUCUCGAACCGGAGCCAACGGAGGUGCGACAGAGGCCAGGACAGGAAGCCCGGACACUUCCCGACCAGGAGCUGUGACCCUGGGCUCCGCCGAGGGAAAAUCAGGGGGUGAGUCAAGGAUAAGGAGGCCGAUGAAUGCAUUCAUGGUGUGGGCAAAAGAUGAACGCAAACGCCUGGCCCUCCAGAACCCGGACCUGCAUAAUGCCGUGCUCAGUAAGAUGCUGGGUCAAUCCUGGAAGGCCCUGAGCACACUCGACAAGCGUCCAUUUGUAGAGGAAGCUGAACGACUUCGGUUGCAGCACCUUCAGGAUCAUCCAAACUACAAAUACCGACCUCGCCGCAAGAAACAGCCCAAAAAAAUGAAGCGAGUAGAACCAGGUUUGCUCCUUCAAGGUCUAGCCCAUGGGGUUGCUGGAGGUCCAGGAGAUGCCUUCUCCCCUCACCGUCAUGCCCAUCAUUUACUGCCUCCCCUUGGACACUUCCGAGACCUCCACCACUCUUUAACUCCAGAGCUGGAGAGCUUUGGCUUGCCCACACCAGAGAUGUCCCCAUUGGACGUGUUGGAGGAGGGAGGUGGAGAUUCUGUCUUCUUCCCCCCUCACAUGCAAGAAGAUGUGGGUCUGACAUCAUGGAUAAACUACCACCACCCCCAACAUCCUAACCCCAGCCACCUCGGAGGCCAUCAGAGUAGCCACCACCCUCCCAGCAUAACUCUCCACAACUCCCAUAACCUCCAACAUUCCCACCCAUACCUCAACCAGAAGUCUUCACUUGCUUGUCUCCCACAGCAGGAGAAAUGUUUGGUCAUUGAGUCCACAAACCCUAACACUCUCUACUCUUCCCAACCUAGCAUGAAUCUCCCAGAAACUUCCAAGGUUCCUCAUGACCCUAGCACUCCCACACCUGUGGGCUAUUACGGUCAGAUAUACGGGAACAGUCAGCCUGCAUUCACCUCCCAUCUGGGCCAACUAUCUCCUCCGCCUGAGACUUCCGUAACCACAGUUGCUCCGGCUCCUCUGCCCUCUCUGGACACAGUAGACCAGCUCGGACCCUCAGCGGAGUUCUGGGGUGAAGUGGACAGGAUUGAGUUUGACCAGUACCUUAGUGCAAGCAGGACUCGAUUGAGCAGGAACGCCUCCUGUGAGGAGAGCAGUGCUUUGAUAUCAGCCCUGUCUGACGCGAGCAGUGCCGUCUACUACAGCACAUGUAUUACUGGAUAAAACUCCCUCCGUUUUCAUGACACAGCCUGGAGUCCUGAAGUCUGGUGCACAUAUGGCAUUUUUGAGUCUCAUUAUUUUAUUUGAGUUACAUUAUUUUAUUAACUCAUCAGGGAGUCAUCUUGACUGGUUUUCCGAGUCCUGUUUGACACAAUUUCUCUUUUUAAAUAUGGAAGGAGGUCACUGAACUCUAUACAAGUCAAGUAUGAUUCUCAUAGUAUAGACUUGCAUGUCACAGGAUGCCUAGUCAUUUCUGGCCUUGAUAACCUGUACUUUCUGAGGCUGUGGUCAAUUUAACCAUUCAUUUUGCUGACUCCCAUCCAGCUACAUGCUUACGGUCUCAAAUGAGGGUACUGGGACGUGGAAGUCAAGAAUGUGAAUAUUUUUUCUACAUAUAUGUUGUUAACAAACAACAAAAGUUGUCUCUUUUGUUUUCUUUUCAUAUUUGUUUAUUUCUAUUUUUAUAGACAUUUUAUUAAAGGUUAUAUUGAAAGACAGUUUAAAAUGUUUCAAAUUUUGCACUGGGUAUCUGAAAACCACUCAAGAAACUUUUAUACUGCACUUAAUAUCUUUCAAAUAUACUUUUCCAUGGCUGAGAGAUCCGUUGAAAGAAUUUUGAUGUAUUGGCGACUUAUAUAUAUUUUGCAUUCUUCCUCUGUGCAUGAAUUGGGCAUUUCAAUGUGUGAAACGCUCUCCCUUUUGGUAAUAAUUAUCUUCAAAUAAAAAGAGUUUGCAAUAAAAUUGUCUCAGCACUAUUAAAUUUAAUCAAAGCAAUUAAAUUAAAAACACACAAUUGUACAUAGUAUUUCACUAAAACACUUUCCCACACCACUGAGUGCAUGUGUUUUUGUAGAUAUUUUUUGGUUCUUGCUUAAGAACAGUUUUUAAUUAAAUAAAGAAAAUUGUACUGCACAUCAAAAUGUAUCAAUUACUAUUUUGCAGAAUAAAAUUGUC